AUGAACAGGAACCGGCCAUCCACAAAAUUUAAAGAACCUAAAAAAAGAAAGAAGGCUAAACCACUCAACUGGCAAACUCUGCGUCUUUCUCCUCUAUGGAAGUUCUUUGAAUGCCCCUUCGCCCUCCAUCGUGGAGCCCCGUCCAGCGCCUCUCUCUUUCUGGCAGCCACCGCGUCUUCCUCCACUCUUCCCUGCACUCUGCCACUCUCUGUCUGCAUCAUCAAGAAUGGAGCCUCUGACUCAGAUGGAGAAGGAAAAAUUGAGAUACAAGCUAGUCCAGUUACUCCAACUUCGAAAGAACUGCAACUUCUAAAAAGGCUAUGCUUGAGAGACCAAAGUUUUAUAGAGAGCAAAAACAAAAAAAAAGAAGAAAUUAUGUUCACGGAUGCAAUAGGGAAUGCAGGGUACUCUCUGCUGAAGGAUUUAAGAGCUGAAAUUGAAGUGAAGGAUGGAACUUUUUCUCUCUGCUUUUGGGUUUAUUUGGCCAACUCAACUACGAUUCCUGCUACCAUUAUUCAGCAGGUUUGCUCUGAUGUUUCUGAAAGUGCUCCUUUCCUUGUUAUAAAUGAUCACAAGAGAAUUAGGGUGUGUUUGGGGUUCACGUUGAAGAAGAGAGAAGCCCGUUUGAGCGUCUUGAACAUUCCACUUUUAUGUUUGGCAAUCUUUUGGAACUCUCAAGCUUGAUGUCUAUUGGGGGGGACUUAAAUGGAAUGUCUCCUGUCUGCUGUUGUAACCAGCAGUGGGAUCUUCAAGGUGCUUGCAGACUGUACUUGUCCAGUGAAGGGCACAUUAACCACUGUAUUGUUCUGAUGAUCUUGGAAAAACUAUGGCAUAGACCUUUCACAUAGUCCAGUGUUUUUGUAUUUUGUAUCAGUCUUGGUCCUUUCUCACUGUAAAUAUUUGUAUCUGGGUUGUAUGCUUUGGACUUCACAACAAACUCUUCGUUGUCAUGUGAAAAGUUAGUCUAAGAUUACUUAUCCUGUGCUGUCAGUUCAGAAGUUGAGAAGAUUUGACUGAAGAUUAGGUAAUGGAUUCAACAAGGGGAAAGUGCACUUGCAAAAGCAAACUCUUUAAAGUGUAUUGGCAUAGAUUUUUAGUAAUGGAGGAUGAUAUGAACUCAUACCGUGCCCCUUGGGAACUACCAGGGGAGCUGUUGGUGGUCAUGGUAUCAAGGUGCUUCCACCUCUACACUGGGGAUCCUAUAUUUGAUUAUCUAUCAUAAAUAUCAAAAAGAGUGUUUUUGUAGUUUCAUCUUUUUGUGAUUACAACCUUUAGCUUAGUUCAGUUGAACAAUGGAUGAAAAUAAUAUAAUAUUGCUGCUCUAUAUUGAGCUUCCUUAUCUAA